AUGAAGGGUGAUGCUGAUAAGAAUCCCAAAACAUCUGAUACCCCUAAAUCGAGUUAUAAAUACGCAUCAGAUUUGGUGAAUCAGCAACACGAUUAUGUUGUAGUAGAUUACAAUGAUCCGGAUAAGCUCAAUACGGCCAUUAAUCGCCAUUUGCGGAAGCACAACAAGCCUUUCCAUAUUUUGGUGAACAAUGCCGGAGGGCCGCCUCAAGGCUUGGCCAUCGAUGCCAAUGAGGAAGAUUUUUUGGCUGCAUUUAACACGCAUCUAAUUGCCAAUCAUAUGUUGGUGAAAGCCUUUGUGGAAGGGAUGAAACAAAGCAAUUAUGGUCGCAUCAUCAAUAUCAUCUCCACUUCCGUAAAACAGCCUUUACCAAAUUUAGGCGUAUCCAAUACCAUUCGUGGUGCUGUAGCCAGUUGGUCGAAAACAUUGGCAAAUGAACUUGGUCAGUUUGGUAUAACCGUUAACAAUGUACUUCCCGGAGCUACAGAAACAGAUCGUUUGAAAGCCAUUAUUGCCAACAAAAGCAAAAAAGUGAAUAAGGAUUUAGAAACGGUGGCUAAAGAAAUGAUGAAUGAAGUGCCAUUACAUCGUUUUGCUAAACCAGAAGAAGUGGCCUUUGCUGUAGCCUUCUUGGCAUCACCCUCUGCGUCCUACAUCAAUGGAAUUAACUUGCCUGUAGAUGGCGGAAGAACGAGUAGUUUGUAA